AUAAAAGUCAACACUCCCUUUCCGCCAACACACACCAAACCGCAUCAACGCAGACUAGCUGAUUCCACUCCGUCACCAGUGGACAUUGAGAGUCUGAUUAUGGACGGUAUUUGCGACUAUUAAAUCCUCCUCACCCGAAACAAACAUGAUGGAGAGCUUGGUAGCUUCUCCUGGGCCAGCCAGUCCAAAACCGAAUGGCACCGACGCAUUUGCGGUAGAUCCUUCGAUAAUCGUCGAGUACCUCGCCAGUGUCCUUGAGAUAACUUUGGGAGCUACGAGGAAAGAGUUGGAAAAUGCCGGGAGUCUGCUGUCACCAGAAUCCAGGAUACAUACCAUUCAGAGAUGCUCAAGGUUUGCCUCAGAGAACCAAGUGGCACUUUACGUGACGAAGGAUAUCGCCGCGGCCGGUGGAAUAGACGGCAUAAUAGAUGAAUCCAACACGGUGACUUACAACUACUUCGUUACUACAGACAUUUCUUUCUCUCCUUCAACGACUGCUUCGAUCGCGCUUUUGAAACGGCCAUACCCUAUAGAUCCGACGAUACCCAUUACUUCGCAAGUACAAAUUAUUAAUUUACCAGGUGCAGCAUCGCUGAGCAGUACCACAAACGGACAGGGCGGUGCUGCUGUCAGUCCUUACGAAAUUCUACAUUCAGUCGUGCAUCUUGCGCUGGCGCCUUACUUCGAUGCAUACACCAAGAACCAGCAUAGUGCGAAUGGAGUUCGGGGCAGAUCAGAUGUGGAGGCAAAGACCGGAAUUCCAGUUACGAAGAAGAGGAUAGCAGAGCUGGAGUUAAGCUUGUUACAUCUUCAGCAGAACAUCGAGAUCCCUGAAUUGAUCCUACCUCUACAUCCUAUGGUCCAAAAUGCUGUUGACGAAGCUGCCGCACGAAAUAUGAAGCCCACACCAGAACUGGUUCCUGCGAACCUGCUGCAGGACAGUGCCUUUCUCAAUAGUCUGCAAAGCAAUGUAAAUGGUUGGAUCAAAUCGAUACAAGCAGUCACGAAGAUGUCUAGGGAGGCAUCCAGCGGGACAGCUACGCAGGAAAUCAACUUUUGGCUUUCGAUGGAAUCCGCGUUGGAGGGGAUCGAACAGCAACUUCGAAGCAGUGGUGUAGCCCUCACGAUAGAGAUCCUCAGAACCGCGAAACGUUUCCAGGCAACUGUCAGUUUUAGUGCGGAUACUGGUCUGAAGGAGGCUGUGGACAAAGUUCAGAAAUACAACCAGUUGAUGAGAGAUUUCCCACUGGACGAGUUACUCUCUGCGACAUCAUUGCCCAAGGUUGAGGAUGCUAUUAGCUUGAUCUUCUCCCAUCUCAACAAAAAGCUCAGAAUUUGCCCAUAUCCUAUUCGGAGAGCCUUACCUUUAGUCGAACUCAUCUCGGCAGAUCUCGAUACCCAGUUACAUUCGUUACUCCAUGGCCGACGAUUGAUGCAUCUUGAUUACCGGGAAUUCAGAAAUCUCAUGGCAACAGCUGAUUCCAUUUGGAAGAGUUGGGACGAAAACGUGAAGGAGUUCACCAAUGUUGCCCGAGAAGUUACUCGCCGGAGAAACGAGAAAUUCAUUCCAAUCAAAAUCGUACCAAAACACGCCGAUCUUCAAGCCCGACUUAAGUAUGUCAGCACUUUCCGCGAUAAUCAUGAGCAGCUGCAGCGAACCAUUGUCAAUGUGCUGGGCCCAAAACUUGGCGAAGGCGAAGGUACUACCAAUGGGGUGGUUAUUGUAGAAGAAAUGGGCGACGUCGAUGCUGUGGAAGAAGUCCAGCAAGCUUAUGCAGCGUUGAACAACGUGGACUUGCUUGAUGUUACUCCCGAAGGCACCCGAACUUGGGUGCAAGCUGAGAUCACUUACAAUGAGCGUACCUCUCGUGUCGAAAAUUCCAUUAUCGCCAGAUUACGAGACCGACUGGCAACUGCAAAGACUGCCAACGAGAUGUUUCGGGUCUUCUCAAAGUUCAAUGCCCUCUUCGUCAGACCAAAGAUUCGUGGUGCCAUCACAGAGUAUCAAACACAACUCAUCGACAAUGUUAAGCACGACAUCUCGUCGCUUCACGAGCGGUUUAAGCAGCAGUAUGGCCAUUCCGAAGCACAUGCAAUGGCACAACUUCGAGAUCUUCCUCCUGUGUCAGGUGCAAUCAUCUGGGCUCGUCAAAUCGAGAGGCAGCUUGAUGGAUACAUGAAGAGAGUUGAGGACGUCCUUGGAAAUGACUGGGCUCUCCAUUCCGAAGGACAAAAGCUCCAAAGCGAGAGCAACCUUUUCCGGAAGAAGUUGGACACACGACCCAUUUUCGAGGCUUGGUUGCACGAUGUCCAGAGAAAGCAAAUAUCCAUCGCAGGUCGUCUUUUCAACAUCAACAAGAUUCGAGCAUCCAACAAUGCACUUGAAUUGGCUGUCAACUUCGAUCCUCAAGUGAUUGCGCUCUUCAAGGAGACCCGGAAUCUGCUGUGGCUAAAUUAUGCUGUCCCUCACCAAAUCAACAACAUCUCCAAAGAAGCCAAGCGAGUUUAUCCAUAUGCUGUUAGCUUAAUGGAAAGUACACGUACAUUUGCUCAGACCAGUCGACAAAUUUCUCAGAUGUCGGAUGUUGCUUUACUUCUCAGCGGAUAUCAGAAUGACGUCCAAGCUUUGAUAAUCAAGGGUAUUCCCUUGAAAUGGGAGUCGUUUGUUCACUCAUUUGAUCUCCACGUGAAGCAGACUUCAUCUUACCACCUUGCCAAUGGCAAUCUCGACCAUGCCAUCGGCGGCCGUAACGAGAGCAAACACGUACAAUUUGUUCGAGAAUUUGCUGCCUCGGUCUCUCUGCUGCAGAGUAAGACUGCUUCACUGGCUGUCUCCAACAUUGCCAUUCAGAAAGCACUCACUGAACUAGAGACUUGCCCAUAUGACGCAGCUGAAUUUCAAAAACGACUUGAGGCAGUGCAGAUGGCUGUGGAUCAACUAAACCUCGAGAACUAUGUCAAUUUGUCGUAUUGGGUCAGAGAGAUGAAUGCGAGAAUCAAAGCCACUCUCUUGGUGCGUCUUCGAAAGGCUAUUGCCUCCUGGAUUGAUGCCUUUGAGAGUGAGCGUUCGGAAGGAGUCAAUGAUGACAGUCGGCGAAAGCAUCUCAGCGUCACCACGACAUCGGGCCAAGACCAAGGCCCAUCUCUGAAAAGACUGGUUCACGAGGUGUCCAUGCGAAAUCAAGUUAUCUAUUUGGAUCCACCGCUUGAAUUUGCUCGGGCAAGCUGGUUCUCGCAGCUACACGAAUGGCUUGGGAUUGUGUGCAAUCUUUGCAAAGUCAAGGCUUCAAGAUAUGAGAUGAGCCUGACCAAUGGGAAUGAUACCGAAGCCCGUUUCACUGAUCUUCCAGGGUCAUGUACAGACAGCCUUUCUCUAGUCUACACAAGUAUUGAGACGAAGCUCAACGAGAUCAGCCUCUACGUCGACAAAUGGCUUCAGUUCCAAUCGCUCUGGGAUCUGCAAUCCGAGCAAGUGUAUGAAGCACUGGGUGAACAAUUAUCGAAGUGGCUCCAAAUGCUUCAAGAUAUUCGGAAAGUGCGGUCCACUUUUGACACCACUGAAGUCAGUCGCUCGUUUGGCCAUCUUUCGAUCGACUAUGACCAGGUUCAGACCAAAGUCAAUGCCAAGUACGACCAAUGGCAGCAUGAAAUCCUGACGAAGUUCGCUGUUCGCCUUGGCAAUCGCGUUCGUGAAGUCUAUUCCGAGAUCGAGAGAGCACGAAAGGAUCUUGAGGUACAAUCACUAGAGGCAACAUCCACAGCCCAGGCUGUACAGUUCAUUACCAUUGUGCAGACAUGUAAGCGCAAAGUCAAGGCCUGGGGCCCAGAGGUGGAGAUCUUCAGACAAGGCCAGACAACUUUGGUUCGGCAGCGAUAUCAAUUUCCUGUAGACUGGCUCAAUGUUGAGCAGGUAGACUCGGAGUGGACUGCUCUCAACGAGAUUCUCUCUAGGAAAGCCAAGAUUGUGCAGGAUCAGACGGAUGCUCUUCGGGCUAAGAUCACAGCCGAGGAUAAAGUUGUGGGAGACAAGAUCCUUGAGAUUACAGGCCAGUGGAACGAAGAGAAGCCAGUGUCUGGCACCAUUGUACCAGAAGUUGCGUCAGCUACACUUAUGUCCUUCGAAACUCGUAUCACUACGCUUCACGAAGAGUCCGAGAUGGUAUCCCGUGCUAAAGAAGCAUUGGAUCUUCCUUCUAGUCCCGCCACAGCCCUUGCUGCUAUCCUUGAAGAGGUUCAGGAUUUCAAAUCUGUCUGGGCUGCUCUAUCAACAAUCUGGAAGAGUCUCAAUGAACUCCGAGAAAGUCUAUGGACAACUGUUCAGCCUCGGAAACUCAGAUCUGCAAUUGACGGACUUAUUAAGAUGACUAAAGAGAUGCCCAGUCGUAUGCGCCAGUACGCGGCCUUUGAGCACAUCCAGAAUAUUCUUCGACAGUUUCUCAAGAUCAACCCUAUCAUCGCAGAUUUGAAGUCCGAAGCCGUCCGUGAGCGUCACUGGAAUAAGAUCUUCAAAGCUCUCAAGCCCGGCAAGCGCUACUCGCCAAUCUCCAUGACUCUCGGUGACGUUUGGGAUCUACAGCUUGCUGCGAGUGAAGUCGUCAUCCGAGAUAUUAUUGCUCAGGCUCAGGGUGAGAUGGCUCUCGAAGAAUUCUUGAAGCAAGUGCGCGAGAUCUGGUCGAGUUACUCACUUGACCUUGUUAACUAUCAAAACAAAUGCCGACUGAUUCGUGGCUGGGACGAUCUUUUCGCGAAAUGCAGCGAGAACCUCAACUCUUUGCAGGCGAUGAGACACUCUCCAUACUACAAGGAAUUUGAAGAGGAGGCUUCGUCUUGGGAAGAUAAGCUCAAUCGUGUCCAUGUGCUAUUUGACGUGUGGAUCGAUGUUCAGCGCCAGUGGGUAUAUUUGGAAGGUGUUUUUACUGGAAAUGCAGACAUCAAGCAUCUACUUCCAAUCGAAUCGUCCCGGUUCCAGAACAUCAACUCCGAAUUCUUUGCUGUCAUGAAGAAAGUUUACAAGCAGCCUUUCGUUCUUGAUGUACUCAACAUUUCCGGAGUCCAAAAAUCACUAGAGCGCCUCGCAGAAUUGCUGAACAAAAUUCAGAAAGCCUUGGGAGAGUAUCUUGAGAGAGAACGUGUAUCGUUCCCCAGAUUCUACUUUGUCGGUGACGAGGAUCUGCUCGAGAUUAUUGGUAACAGCAACGAUACGCUUCGUAUUGCCAAGCAUUUCAAGAAGAUGUUUGCAGGUCUUUCUGGACUGAUAAUGGAUGAAGACCAUCUCAUAUCCGGCUUCACUUCUAAGGAGGGUGAAGAGGUGAGACUGAAGAAAGAGAUCUCCCUCAUCAAGACACCAAAAAUCAAUGACUGGCUAGCGUUGCUUGAAAGCAGUAUGAAGUCCACCCUUGCCGAGUUACUUGCAGAGGCAGUUGAGCAAUACGAGCCAAUUUUUGAUUCGGAGGAAAUCGACCAGGCGGCGUUGAAUUCCUACAUUUCUGCCUUCCCAAGUCAAAUUGUUGUCCUAGCCACCCAAGCUGUAUGGACCUCGACUGUCGAGCAGUCACUGGAAGCUGGUGGCACCACUCUUCAACAUCUCUUCGAUCAAGAGGUCAAGGUGCUGCGACUUCUUGCAUCCACUGUCCUGGGUGAUCUUGAUCCAAUUAUGCGCAAGAGAUGCGAACAUCUCAUCACUGAAUGUGUUCACCAGCGGGAUGUCAUCGAGAAGCUCAAGAACUUGAACGCUUCAACACCCAACCACUACUUGUGGCUUCUCCAAAUGCGUUACGUUUACAAGGCCGAGGGUGAUUGGCUUCAGCGCUUGCACAUCAAGAUGGCGAAUGCCAAACUCAAUUACGGCUUCGAGUACCUUGGGGUUGCGGAGCGUCUCGUGAGAACACCGCUCACCGAUCGUUGUUUCUUGACCCUCACCCAAGCACUUUGUCAACGACUUGGAGGUUCGCCUUAUGGUCCUGCUGGGACUGGUAAGACUGAGUCAGUCAAGGCUCUUGGUGUCCAACUGGGACGUUUUACUCUCGUCUUCUGUUGCGACGACACUUUCGAUUUCCAAGCCAUGGGUCGCAUCUUCUUGGGUAUCUGUCAAGUCGGAGCUUGGGGUUGUUUCGAUGAGUUCAACAGACUUGAGGAACGCAUCCUUUCCGCCGUAUCUCAGCAAGUUCAAAACAUCCAACUUGGUCUAAAGCAAGGAAUUGAAGAUGAGAAGUCGCAAAUCGAGCUUGUCGGCCGUCAAUUGCGAGUCAACGCGAACACAGGCAUCUUCAUCACGAUGAACCCUGGAUAUGCCGGUCGCUCCAACCUUCCAGACAAUUUGAAGAAGCUAUUUAGAAGUGUUGCAAUGUCGAAGCCUGACAAGGAACUCAUUGCAGAGGUCAUGCUCUACUCUCAAGGUUUCAACCAAGCGAAGCAAUUAUCGAAGCAGACAGUCCCAUUCUUUGACAGCUGUGCUGCUAGGCUCUCCAAGCAGGCCCAUUACGACUUUGGACUUCGUGCUCUCAAGAGUGUGCUUGUCAGUUCCGGAGGACUCAAACGUGCUCGUUUGACAGAUACUGGCGGUGACCUUGGCCCAGAGGAAGAAGUAGAGCCUCAGAUUAUUGUCCAGAGUAUUCGGGAAACUAUUGCCCCCAAGCUGAUCAAAAGCGAUGUCGAAAUUAUGAGAUCCAUCGAAGCUGAAUCGUUCCCGGGUGUUGAAUAUGUCCCGGCCAGCUUGAAGGAUUUGAAGGCAGCCAUCCACACGAUUGCCAACGAGAGACACCUUGUUAUCAAUGAAACGUGGAUGACAAAGAUCCUUCAGCUCUAUCAGAUCCAGACCAUCCACCAUGGUGUCAUGAUGGUUGGAAAUUCCGGGGCUGGAAAGUCGGUUGCCUGGAAGCUCCUUCUCCAAGCCAUGCAGCAAGUGGAAGGUGUUGAGGGAGUUUGCCAUAUCAUUGAUUCGAAGGUCAUGUCAAAGGAAGCAUUGUACGGUAAUUUGGACUCUACCACCCGCGAAUGGACCGAUGGUCUCUUCACCAGCAUCCUCCGCAAAAUUGUUGACAAUCUGCGUGGAGAAGAGGCCAAGAGACACUGGAUUGUGUUCGAUGGCGAUGUUGAUCCCGAAUGGGUCGAAAACUUGAACAGUGUGCUCGACGACAACAAGUUGCUCACUCUUCCGAACGGAGAGCGUCUUAACCUACCUUCGAAUGUUCGGAUCAUGUUUGAGGUUGAGACUCUGAAAUAUGCCACUCUUGCAACUGUCAGUCGUUGUGGAAUGGUCUGGUUUAGCGAGGAUACAGUGACAUCCGCCAUGAUGGUUUCUAACUAUCUCGACACAUUGCGGACCGUUGCUUUCGAGGACCUUGAUGAGGACUCUGUUUCUACUGGACAGACUGCUGCAAAGGCUCUUGCAAUCCAAUCACAGGUCGCAGACCUACUUGAUGCGUUCAUGACAACAGAUGACUUCAUCACUAACGCUCUGGAACGUGCCCAAGGUUUCAACCACAUUAUGGAGUUCACAGUCGCCCGUGUCCUAAACACUCUAUUCUCACUUCUGAACAAGGCAGUUCGAGAUGUGAUUGAGUACAACAACCAGCACGUAGACUUUCCUCUUGGCCCUGAACAGGUCGAAUCUUUCAUCGCGAAGAAGCUUCUCCUUGCUCUGGUCUGGUCAUUGACUGGAGAUUGUCCUCUUGGAGACCGCAAGAGUUUUGGGGACUGCUUGGCUGGGCUUGCUACCUUUGGAUCGCCAAUCAUGGGAGACAAUUCAUCCCUCAUCGACUACGACGUCACUUUGCCGAAAGCUGAAUGGACUUCAUGGCAGAACUCGGUCCCAACCAUUGAAGUCAACACACAUUCCAUUACCCAGACUGAUGUUGUCAUUCCAACACUCGAUACUGUACGUCACGAAGAUGUUCUGUAUUCAUGGCUUGCGGAGCACAAGCCUCUGCUUUUGUGUGGUCCACCUGGUUCUGGAAAGACGAUGACAUUGUUCAGUGCUCUUCGCAAACUUCCGAGUAUGGAGGUUGUCGGACUCAAUUUUUCCAGCGCGACUACCCCUGAUCUGCUCAUCAAAACCUUCGAGCAGUACUGCGAGUACAAGAAGACAGUCAGCGGAGUGAUCCUGUCGCCCACUCAGAUUGGGCGAUGGCUGGUGCUCUUCUGUGAUGAGAUCAAUCUUCCAGCCCCCGACAAGUAUGGCACACAGAGAGCCAUUUCUUUCCUUCGACAACUUGUAGAACAGAAUGGAUUUUGGAGAACUUCCGACAAGACAUGGGUUACUCUAGACCGAAUCCAGUUCGUUGGUGCCUGCAAUCCUCCCACCGAUGCUGGCCGUACUCCAAUGGGCGCACGCUUCCUGCGACACGCACCGCUCGUCAUGGUUGAUUAUCCUGGUGAACUUUCUCUUCAGCAGAUUUACGGGACAUUCAACAGCGCUGUUCUCAAGAUCAUUCCGUCGCUCCGAGGUUACUCUGAGUCGCUCACCAAAGCCAUGGUUCAGUUCUAUCUGGAAUCUCAACAGCGUUUCACUCCAAAGAUCCAACCUCACUACGUUUACAGUCCUCGUGAAUUGACGAGAUGGGUUCGAGGUAUCUACGAGGCAAUUCGACCACUCGAAACGCUGUCAGUGGAGGGACUGGUCCGCAUUUGGGCUCACGAAGCCCUGCGUUUAUUCCAGGAUCGUCUUGUUGCAGAGGAAGAGCGCAACUGGACUAAUGAUGCCGUGAACCGUAUCGCACUUGACUUCUUCCCGACAAUUGAGCAGGACAAAGCUCUCGGAGGUCCAAUACUGUUCUCCAACUGGCUCUCUAAGAAUUAUAUGCCAGUCGACCGCGAGCAAUUACGUGAAUUUGUCAAGGCAAGACUGAAGACUUUCUGCGAGGAGGAAGUUGAUGUUCCGUUGAUAUUGUUCAAUGAUGUCCUCGAGCAUGUACUUCGUAUCGAUCGGGUCUUUAGACAACCACAGGGACAUCUGAUCUUGAUUGGAGUCAGUGGUAGUGGAAAGACAACCCUGUCUCGAUUCGUCGCUUGGAUGAACGGGCUCAAGGUUUUCCAAAUCAAAGUUCAUGGAAAAUACUCAGCAGAGGACUUUGAUGACGAUCUUCGAGAUGUUCUUCGCCGCUCUGGAUGCAAGGGCGAGAAGAUCUGCUUCAUUAUGGACGAGUCCAAUGUUCUCGACUCCGGUUUCUUGGAGAGAAUGAACACUCUUCUGGCGAACGCUGAAGUACCAGGCUUGUUUGAGGGUGAUGAGCUCGCGUCAUUGAUGACGGCUUGCAAGGAAGGUGCCCAACGCCAGGGUCUCCUUUUGGACUCACAGGAAGAGUUGUACAAAUGGUUCACCGGACAGAUUGUCAAGAACCUCCACGUUGUCUUCACAAUGAAUCCACCUGAGGAUGGCCUGUCCUCGAAGGCUGCAACCAGUCCUGCCCUUUUCAAUCGUUGCGUCCUCAAUUGGUUCGGAGAUUGGUCGGAUCAAGCAUUAUUCCAAGUUGGUACUGAGUUGACGCAAUCUGUCGACCUCGAUAGGCCCAAUUUUACAGCUCCCGAUAGCAUUCCUGUUGCAUACCGAGACCUCAUCCUUCCAGCUUCUCACCGUGCGGCGGUUGUCAACUCGAUGGUGUACAUCCACUACUCACUCCAUCGCUUUAACAUCAAGCUUCUCAAGCAACAGAACAGAGUCACUUUCCUCACGCCUCGCCACUUCUUGGAUUUUGUCGCUCAGUAUGUCAAGCUCUACAAUGAGAAGCGAGAAGACUUGGAAGAGCAACAACGACAUCUCAAUGUUGGUCUCGAAAAGUUGAGAGAUACCGUUGACAAAGUUCGGGACUUACGAGUCAGCCUUGCGGAGAAGAAGGGACAAUUAGAGCGCAAGGACGCGGAAGCCAAUGAGAAGUUGCAGCGUAUGGUGGCAGAUCAGCGAGAGGCUGAACAGCGGAAGACAACUUCUCUGGAGAUCCAAGCAGCAUUAGAAAAGCAGGAGGCAGAGGUCGCUGAGAGAAGAACAUUGGUCCUGAACGACUUGGCCAAUGCGGAGCCAGCAGUCAUCGAGGCACAAAAGAGUGUCAGCAACAUCAAGCGCCAACAUCUGACGGAAGUGCGAUCCAUGGGUAAUCCACCAGCAGGUGUCAAGCUUGCCCUAGACUCCGUUUGUACUCUGCUGGGUCACAAGGUAGACAGCUGGAAGACUAUUCAGGGAAUCGUUCGAAAGGACGACUUCAUUGCCAGCAUUGUCAACUACGACAACGAGAAACAGAUGACCAAGAAUCUUCGUGUCAAGAUGCGGAACGAAUACCUGUCCAACGAAGACUUCACAUACGAGAAAGUCAACCGUGCCAGUAAGGCUUGUGGCCCUCUCGUUCAGUGGGUACAGGCCCAGGUCAACUACUCCGAAAUUCUCGAUCGCGUUGGCCCGCUUAGAGAAGAGGUUGGCAUGCUAGAGGAGCAGGCACUACAGACCAAGGCUGAAGCACAAGCCGUUGAAAAUACCAUCAACACUCUCGAGCAGAGUAUUGCAACCUACAAAACUGAAUAUGCUGCGCUUAUCAGCGAGACGCAAGCCAUCAAGACCGAGAUGUCUCGUGUACAAUUCAAGGUUGACCGAAGUGUUCGAUUGCUCGACAGUCUCUCCUCCGAGAGAGUCCGUUGGGAGGAGGGUAGCAAGUCCUUCGAAACUCAGAUUGGAACCCUGGUCGGUGAUGUUCUUGUCGCAGCGGCUUUCCUAGCAUACAGUGGUCUUUACGAUCAGCAGUUCCGAAAGAAUAUGAUGGAAGACUGGUUGCAUCAACUCCAACUAUCCGGUAUCAAUUACAAAUCACACAAUCCCAUCACGGAAUACUUGUCAACGGCUGACGAGCGACUCGGGUGGCAAGAGAACUCCUUACCUGUUGAUGAUCUUUGCACCGAGAAUGCUAUCAUAUUGAAGCGAUUCAACCGAUACCCACUGAUCAUUGAUCCUUCUGGCAGAGUUACUGAGUUCCUCCAGAAGGAGAGCAAAGACAGACGCCUAACGGUUACGAGUUUCCUGGAUGACUCGUUCACCAAGCAACUGGAGAGUUCCCUGCGUUUUGGAAACCCAAUUCUCAUCCAAGAUGCAGAGUACCUCGAUCCCGUGCUAAACCACGUCCUCAAUAAGGAGUAUCAAAAGACUGGUGGUCGUGUUCUCAUUCAGCUUGGAAAGCAAGAAAUCGAUUUCUCUCCAGCUUUCAAGAUCUACCUGUCCACCAGAGAUCCAUCAGCAACUUUUGCACCUGACAUCUGCAGUCGUACCACCUUCGUCAAUUUUACCGUCACACAAAGCAGUCUUCAAACCCAGUCCCUGAACGAGGUUCUCAAGUCAGAACGUCCUGACGUUGACGAGCGUAGAUCCAACCUCAUCAAGCUGCAGGGUGAAUUCAAAGUCCAUCUCCGACAACUUGAGAAGCGCCUGCUACAAGCUCUCAAUGAAUCUCGCGGCAACAUUCUUGAUGAUGAUAAUGUCAUUGAGACUUUGGAGACUCUCAAGAAAGAGGCUGCUGAAAUUUCGGUCAAGAUGAGCAAUACGGAGGGAGUUAUGGCCGAGGUCGACGAGAUCACUCUUCAAUACAACAUCAUUGCGCGAUCUUGCAGUGCAGUCUUCGCUGUCCUGGAGCAGCUGCACUAUCUCAACCAUUUCUACCAAUUUUCACUUCAGUACUUCCUGGACAUUUUCCAUUCAGUAUUGCAUGGCAACAAGCGAUUAGCGGGUGAGACAAAUCACAACGUACGCCGUGAUUAUAUCAUCGAGGAGCUGUUCAUCACCACCUAUCAACGCACAUCGCUUGGUCUUCUCCAAAAGGAUAGAAUCACCUUGGCCAUGCUCCUGGCACAAGCUGCACCCUACAAGAUGAACAAGAGUCUCAUCGACGUAAUCCUAGACGAGAGUGUCGAAGGCACUGAUGUCUCAACGGAGUCCUACAAGAAAGAUGAAGUAUUGGCAAAAGCAUCAAAACUUCCGGUACUGAAAGGCAAGCUUGAUGCUAUUUCGUCUGAUACUUGGGACCGUUUCCUCUGUGAGGAAAUAGGAGAAAAUUAUGUUCCACAAAUAUGGGAUCCAGACUCGGAGAAACGAGACCAAGAACUUCUGUCUCUGCUCCUCGUCAAGCUCUUCCGUCUCGAUCGAUUUGUUCCCGCCGCUGAACGCUUUGUGACCGCUGUGUUUGGAUCCGGUCUCUUCGACACAAAUGAAGACCUCAAGGAAAUCGUCGAGCAGGUAUCUGCAAGCCGCCCUGUCGCACUCUGCUCAAGUCCUGGCUUUGAUGCCAGUUACAAGGUCGAUAAUCUGGUCGAGCGUUCGCGUGCCGCCUGUACCAACAUCGCCAUGGGUUCCAAUGAAGGUUUAGCUACUGCCGAUAAAGCCAUCGCAAACGCUGCUGCGAACGGCUCGUGGGUUCUGAUCAAGAACGUUCAUCUUGCUCCAACGUGGCUGCAGAGUCUCGAAAAGCGAAUGGACUCUCUCAAGCCACAUGCCAAUUUUAGACUCUUCUUGUCGAUGGAGUCGAGUCCGAAGAUUCCAGUGAAUCUGCUCAGAGCAUCUCGUGUCCUAAUGUACGAGCAACCAGCUGGAGUGAGAGCAAAUAUGAAAGACUCCAUGGCCUCGCUUUCCACGAGAGCUACGAAAAAUCCAGUCGAGAGAACUAGGCUUUACCUCCUUUUGUCUUUCUUGCAUGCUGUGGUCCAAGAAAGAUUGAGAUAUGCUCCUAAUCUGGGAUGGAAGGGCUUCUGGGAGUUCAACGAUAGCGAUUAUGAAUGUUCAGCAUUCAUUAUCGAUACAUGGGUAGAGUCUGUCGCUUCAGGCCGUACAAACGUCGCCCCCCAAAACUUGCCAUGGGAGAUGAUUCGCACGUUGAUCACGGAGACUUACGGCGGCAAGAUUGAUGACGAAGGUGACUUCGCCCGUCUCACACAACUUGUCAACACAUUCUUAACUCCUGCUGCCUACGAUAUCGGUCACAAGCUCGUCGAAGGCGUUACGGGUAAUGGUGUAAAUGGACUGGACGGCAGCUUGGUCGUGCCCAGCGGGACUACUCUCAAAGACUUCACGGACUGGAUCAAAAAGCUGCCAGAACGCGAACCGCCUACAUAUUUGGGCCUGCCAGCCAAUGCGGAGAAGCUAUUACUUGUUGGACAGGGUUUGAGCAUGAUCCAGAACCUGGGGAAGAUUACGGAGCUGUUGGAUGAAGGCGAGCAGCUAAUGGCUGAGGCGUCAUGAGUGAGUGAUGAGGAUAUUGUGGAAGAGGGAAGACUGUAAUUUUCUGGUCUAGCUUGAGAGCAGAUUGGUCGUUGUGCAUUUGCGAUUUUGUUUUCUCUGCCAUGCAUUGCUUGCGGAAAUUGUAUUCGGGCUGUAUUGAUUUGAAAGGGAUGGGCACAGGACGGAAAUCUGGCGGUCAUUCAUUGUUAUUAUUAUACCCACAGUCUUGCUCUGCAUUUGUUCUGCAUUGCAUAGACCUUCAGAUUACAAUUUCUUUUUGUGCAAAUAGUUGUAGCAUAGCAUGCGUCUUUGGCGUUUUUGCCAAAUAUAUUGUGUUUUAUCAAAUAUUUGCGUGUUUAGUUCUUACCUGCUGGUUUGUGAGUACAGCAGAAUCGUACUAAAUCAUGGUAUCGAUCAAUAUUGAACAACCGCCCUCGUCUUGCUUGCCCCCGCGCCUCGAAUUAUCCAUUCAGUAUGACAUCAGCCGCCUUUUCACUAAUCAUCAUGAUCGGCGCCUGGAUAAAUACACCCGGAAUACGAGGAAACACACUUGCAUCCACGACCCUCAAACCCUGCACGCCUCUCACUCUAAACUUCGAGUCC